GCCUACGGCCACGACCACCACGGGGAUGGAUCCGGUGCGGGCGCGGGCGCGGGCGCGGGCGGCAGCGCGGUGUACGCGCGCUGCGGCUACGCUGCCGGCUCGCCCUACUUUGGGAACGGCGCGGAGUUGCCUCAGCCGCAGAUGUGGACCUCCAGCGCGGGUGGGUCGCCGAACUACAGCAGCGGCGUGUUGGAAGAGUACGAGGCGGCGGAGAGCGAGGGAGCGGGCGGGAGCGCGGGCGGCGCGGGCGGCGCGCUGCCCGCCUUCAGCGCGCGCUUCGGCGGCGCCUUCGUCCACCGGCAGCCCGCGUACGCAUCGCAGCCGCUGGCUGCCGGCUACUCGCACCAGGAGGCGUGGGCGCUGGACGGGCGCCGGCCGCAGCUGUCCGCCGCCGCCAGCCUCAGCGCCAGUGAGUACGCCGCCCUCGCUGGCACACUGCGGCUCCGACUGCACUAACACUGCAGCAAUGACACUACACACGACGACGCAUGUUGCACUGCUGCAUCGACAUGCUCCGAUUACCUCUGCCCGGCCUCUUCACAGACAAUAGCAGGAUGGCUCGUUUAAUUACAGCAGCAACAACAUUAUAUAUGUAUGCUGUAUUAAUAACAGCAACAACAUUAUAUUUACAUUAUAUUAUAAAUAAAGACAUAUUUACAUUUUAGACAUUUGAAAAAGUCGCCAAAUUGCACAGCAGUUACAUAGGUACAUACAUUUAUAUAACUUUAUUUUUAUGUUACAAUUAUGUUAUAUUUACUUGUGUACUACGACGACGGCUGAUACUCGCGCAUGUCAUUAUUGAACCCGGGGGUCGACAUAUAGGUAGUCGCUAGGUCGCUUGCGGGCGUGUUGCGUUUUGCCCUCCCGAGCUGCGCGGCGCGACGGCGAGCACGCUCGAACCUCACGCCACACACACUCAUAGUUUCGCCUAACCGAUACAUACUGCGUGCGUGUUUAUAAUACGAGUACUAACAUAUCGGUAAUAGUAAACAUUUUUUUUAACUAGUACGAUUUCUGCAGCAUCAAAAUCGGAUUAUGGUCUUAUAACUAAAGACAAUUUCGCGAAAUUUGUCGGUAAUAAUCCUCAAGAUGCGAUCAAUGUAAUCGAGCUACUUGCUCACACUGUUUCAAGUCUUCUUGCGGUAAGGUCGGCCUUUUGCCACGCUGAGAUUGGGGCGCCACGAUAACCUCGCAACCCCGCGCCCUCCCGCCCCGCAUCCCCGCACCCACACGCCUCGCAACCCCGCACCCACACGCCCCGCGCCGCCGCUCACACUUUUUCAAUGACACUUAACCUUCAUCUAUCUUCGCCGGGCUCUGUGCCUCAGCUUUGCCCAUUAAAUAAUUAAAAGUUUGCUACAAAAAGUCAAGUGUUAAGUGUUGUCAGCGUAAAAUAAUAAUAAUGGACUAGAUGCCAAUAGUUUUUUUAAAGAAAAAGAUAGGACGAUGGGAUAAUGAAAAUCCUUUACGACGUUUACGAACGCACAGGGUAAUAUAAUCUGCACUUAGCUUAGAAGCAUGUAGGUAUUUCGCAUUUACUUCGAAAUUACACUUGGAUUAAUGUAAAUAUAUUUGCGCCGUUUCGCAACAGUGCGUUUAAUAAAUGUAUCAUCGCUAACAAAGUUGAAUUAAUGUAGAUACCGGUUGGCAGACGAGCACAGCGAUGGCUCGGCGGCGGCUCGACCGCUGCUAUCGGAUAAUUAGCGGCUGUUACUCGUAUAUAUUUAAAUGAGGCCGCGUCGUUUUGUCGUUAGUGACGUGUACACGUUUUCGAAGGAAAGCGACGAAUGUUUCAUGAACAACACCAAUGGCAAGUCUAGACGCCCUCCCUUUAUUGGAUUCGGGACACCUAUUAAUUUGAAUUAAUUUCCCAUCUACUUUAGAAGCUUUCAAUGAGAGCCGUGAACGAUAAGCGUAGACCUCAGUGUAACCGCGGGGCUGCAGGUCGCUCUCGAUUAGGAAGCGUUUAUUCGCUCAAAGAUUAGUUAGUAAACAUAUUUAUACUGCUUCUAGAAAAAAUUGCCUAACCAGAUAUCACCUUGAUCUAUGAUUAACAAUGAGCUUAUUGGUCAAUAAAUACAGAAGUCGGGGGGCGCGUUCCUAUCAGAGCGUACCAUACCAAGCUCGGUUGCAUUGCGAUUGGAUAAGUCAGCAAUUGGCACUGCAUCCUAAUUGACGCUAGUGAUGUAAUGUGUGGUAGGCGGGUGUGGAGCGCGGGGAGGGUGCGGGGCGCGGCCGGACGCGCUGUUUGCGCAGGUCGCUACAAAAAACCAAACGUCGCCUCUCCAAAUGAAGUCAUUCCUUUUAAGUGCAUUAAAAUCUCAUUCCGUUUAUGUCGUGUUGUCGGAUAAGGCACGUGCCGCGUCCGGCUGGCCGAUGACGUCACGUACGCACACAGUAUUACCGUCAUACCAGUGCCAAACGUAAUUCAAAUGAUUCCAUCAUUGUUGUACUUCAGGCAAUUAUAUUAGUAAAACUAAAAAAAUAAAUUUGUAUCAUGGUAAUAAAUAUAUUUCAAGUAAAAAUAUAAAUAACAUGUAUGCGGGCGCGGUGUGCGCAGCGCAGCGCGGCGUGUGAGCCGGCGCGCGCACAUUAGCCGCGCCAUUAGCGAUGUCCCGGUACGAUAACAGCCGCCUAUUUGGUCACUAUCUGUUGUAGCGAACACAUGCUGCAAUGCUGCUAUUAAAUUUCAUCCCCGACACGACGCCUGUCGAUUUUGAUUGCGAUGACGUGGCCAUCAACAACGAGAACACGCGCGCGCCGCGGUGCCGCCAACGGCUCUGCUGCCUUACCGUCCACUUUAGUUUUGUUUUGGACGAGAUAUAUUCAAUAAUAACAACGUCGCCAACUGACUUGCUUUUGCUCGCCGUUUCCGUGUGCGGGUGCACGUGUGCGCCGCCUUCCCCGCCCGCCUCGUCCCGCACAGCUGUGCACUCAGCACUUUUACGUGAUACAAUGCGGACCACUGCCAAGGUUGUUCGUUGUCUUCGCUCUGUACAAAGAUCUCGCGACGCGUCAUCUGACAUUGAUUAGCUGUAAACAAUCGCGUCGCGCCGGGCGAAGGUCGCUGCGUCACUUAUACGGUGAUCACAGACAUGCUUGCGGUGGCACUCGCCACACGCCAUGCAACGCACGCUGCACGCCGACAUGCUCGCAAUCGAUCAUAAUAAAACGCUUUUAAAAAAUUAGUUCAUGUGUAUUUUAUUCACACGAAAGUAAUAGUUCAGUAGGUAUUCCAGUACGGGUUCAGACGAUGACGAUGGAGUUUGACCGAACUAUUACUUGGUA